AUGUUAGAGGAGUUCAAGCAAGACAUGAUGGUGAAAUAUGAAAUGACAAACUUGGGGCUCUUGCAUCAUUUUUUAGGAAUGGGAGUCAUUCAAACUCACACUAGCAUUUUUCUUCACCAAAAGAAAUAUGCAACAUCUUUGUUGAGCAAAUUUGGCCGACGUGAAUGCAAACUUGUCUCUAUACCUCUGGUUACAACUGAGAAGUUAAGCAAAGAUGAUGGAAGUGGUCCAGCAAAUGAAGAGCAAUAUAGGAAGAUUGUGGGAAGCUUGCUAUACCUCACAGCUACAAGACAUGAUAUAAUGUAUGCGUCUAGUCUAUUUGCUAGAUUUAUGCAUUGCCCAACUAAUAAGCAUUAUGGAACUGCUAAAAGAGUUCUCAGGCUAGUCCCCAACAUGUUUGAUGAUGAUCUGGAUGAUGCUUCAAUUUUGCAUUUCCAAAUGAGUGCUGAAACUGCUUAUACACUUGUUGGUUUGGGCACAACUGAGCUGGUUGCCUUUGAUUGGAGAGCAGCAAUCUUUGAGGCAUCAAACACAAACCUCCUUCUUAUGAACUUUUCCUUAUCAACUUCCAUAGAUGGCAGUGGCUCUGAGUUAGAGAAAUUUAGUGGAGAAAACAAAGAUGCAGCACUAAAUUUGGGAAGCAUUAACAUAUUUGACUGA